AUUAUCAGAACAAGUAUCCAACCGGAAGCGAAACACUGCCGGUGUCAAGGAGUAUAAUAGUGAGCGAUUGUCACCUGACCCGUAGUAUCCCAGCUCCAUUUCUAUAUAGCCAUCUCAACCGAGAUGGCGGCCUCCAGACACCUCAUCCUGUUUUUGGUCGAGACCAUCGCAGUCAUAAGCACAAGAGCCAUAUGGCCCUCUCAUUGCAAAAGCUCGACUUUCCCACCAGCAUCAUUGUGGCUCGGACACCAAUCCAGAAUUCUGGAAAGGAUGAUCUCCUCAUACUCUUCCGCAAACCUAACAGCAUUUCAUUGUCCCCUACGUCGGAUGCGCAUUGUCACUCCGCUCCAUUUUUAACGAUGGAGUGGACCGAAGAUAAUUCCUUUGUUGCUGCGCUGCUUGAUUGGAAAUAUAUUUAACCACAAUCCAGCGCACAGGUCUUCGAGCC